CGCGCGUUCGGCCCUCUCGGCCUGUAAUUACAGCUGCUGCUGCUGCCAAAAUCGCUUCUCCGGACGCCUCGACGGGAACGUGACCCUUACGCUGUUGUUCCGUGCUUUCCUAAGAACGCGUUUUUCCAAGUCCUGCUCGAAAAGCCUUGUUUUUUCCCUGCCACUGUUGGCAGCACGCGUGGAGCUCCUUGAACGGCAGGGCCACGGAAGAUGCUGCCGUAGUCCUCAAUCUCUAUCCUAUGCUGGGAAACCCAUUCAAACUCUCAACAAAGAUGCUUACAAUUCAGCCGACUCCACAUCUAGCCAAGUCAAACUCCCAGCCUGGGGCACCAGCAGCGCUGGAGAGAAUCACACCGAACACUGGCUUCUGUCCUCCGUGAACGUGCAGUGGCCAAAACCUCCCGAAAUCCUCUCCCUCUCCUCGGACAAAAAGAAACGAACCAAGCCUUCUCUAGAAAACAAUACAGGCCUGAGGAAGCACCUCAGUCAGCAUGGAGGGGGCCUUACUCUGGAGAACCCUACGGAGAGGCCCUCUCUUACCUCCUUGGACUUCAACCACGCAAACAGAAAGCAUACGGACAGGCGGCUGGCAGAGGCUGCUAACAGCGUGUCGGCUCGUUUCCAUCACGCAGCAUCUUCCUACCAGAAGAUCAGAUCUUUAGCAGAGGCACAUCCUUUCCCAGACUCUGGAGCAAUGGAGUCAGACGACCCUAACACGCUGCAUCACUUCAACCGACCGGGCAAAAUAAACCCCUAUAAGUAUACUGAUCCCUUAAAGAUCACCAAACCCUCCUGGGUCACCAACCGCCAGUCACCCAGCUUGCUCUAUCACUUCAGUGUGCUAAGGAAAGAUGCUGACAAGGAGGAGGCAUGUCUGAGCGAGUGCGGAAAAGAAAGAGAUGAAGUGGAGGCCUACUGCAUGAGCGAAUUUGCAGUGAAUGGAAUUGUUUACAACAUGGAAAGACUGGGGAAUGGAGUCCAUUUGGUCACUCUUUUGGUGAACAGCGAUGGAUUAUACAAGAUGAGUCGCCUGUAUAUUACUCCUGAUGGUUUCUUCUUCCGGGUUCACAUUCUAGUUGUGGAUACUUUAAACUGCAGUAAACCGUGCCCAGACUUUAAGCUUGGCAGUAGAUACAUUGUGAUGGGUCAGAUCUACCACAAGAGACGACAGAUCCCCGCAACCCUGCUGCAGUUCCUGCGAGGGCGUCUGAGGCCAGGGGAUGGAUUGCUUAGGAGUAGCAGCAGCUAUGUGAAAAGAUUCAACAGGAAGAGGAAUCGCAAAGUGCAAGGGGCUCACACUAAAUGUGGAUAAGGCUGCAGUAACCUCCUUUUAGGACGCAGCCAAGGGUAGAAUUCAGCCACCAGAAUAAACCUGGCCAUGGUUUAAAAAAACAGCAAGAGGUAGCGCUACUUAAGCCUGACACUGGUUGUGAUAGGCACUUGUUUUUGUGCUUUAGCAAACACUAACUGAAGUUCUGACUAGGUACCUGUAUUUUGUGAAACAGAGCAUAAAAAGCGUAACGAACGUUAACUGAUUAUGAAUUUUUUCAGAACCACAGGCUACUAUUGCCUCCUCUACUAUAACGUAUUCCUAAUCAUCUGUAGUAACUAUAAAGUGAAAUUCUGGAGGCGUUGUUCUAGGUACACAAACAGUAACUGAACUUUCAAAGCCUUAACCUUGAAAAGCGUUAGAUAAUACCAUAGUUUUAUCUAUAGAGAAUGUCAAUUGAAUUUUUGCACAACUCUGCUUAAAGCACUCUGCAUUUCAUUCAAAAGAAAUUGACAGAACUAAGUGUCAUUCCUGUUGUUUUGAUUUCCUCAAACACGUCCAUAGUUCUGAUAAAAAAUUACACUAUUUUUCAAACGGAGCUGGAUUUUCAUAUAAAGCACACAAAAUAGCUAUGCAAUUAUUCAAGUAUAUGACUUCACUAACUGAAAGCAAAUCAAAUAACUGCAUAACACAAAUGCCCAAUUAGGCUUACAACUAACUGCAUAAAUUGAUGCUAAGGAAUGCAAAACAAGCAUGCAACUGCAUGGACAAUUUGCAUGCCUGGUUACAUUGUUAGCGUCUCAAAGUGCAGUUCCAGAACUGCGUACUGACUGUAAUUUUCCUGUGAGAAAUGUUAUUAAGUUUGUACUUGCACAUCAGUAAAGAUACUUUUAAGAUACAGUCUUUCACUUUUAGCACCCUUCAUGUGUUGGGAAUGCAAUAAGUCAAUUAUAUGAAACCUCUGCAAGGGGAUUUCACUAUUUACUGUUCCCAGAGUCAGUAUUUUCACAAAUCAUAGCCUUGAAAAUAAACUAAUAAAGCAUUAAUUGCUUUUUGGGUUCAUUGUUUCCUGGAUUCCAAAAGAUCCAGAAAGAUAAUCUGACUAUUAAACAAAGGCACCUACGUGUUUGAAGAGUCAGCUACUAUUUUAAGAUACAGUUCAGGCAGUUUUGUAGAAAAAUAACCGCUUUUUAAUAUUACUAGUAAGGAAAAACAGUAGCUCAGAGUACAUGCAGGGAAACGGUCAUAAAGAACAAUGACCUUUCGAGCCAGGAGAAUCUUCACAGCAAUGAUACCUUACAACUGUUUUGCAUAGCAUCACGAUGCAAACGUUCUGGGAAUAGUCUGAGGAAUAGAUUGUGGAGGAAGAAUUUUUACAAAUAUAAGGGAAAACUGCAGUGUUAGGAUAAAAAAAACCAUCUCCCCCGCCCCACUUCCAUGGAAUGGUAUCUAUGAUAUGACCUGGAACAGCAAGCAGUGGCUCCUCUAAGCAUUUUGUUUCGACACAAAGGUGGUUCUGAUAUCAGUUCUAUUUCUCAUGCAAGUCCGCAGCUUGAUUCAGUAUCACUGAAAAGCUACAGAGUGGUAGACAAAGAAAAAAAUACAUAUUUUAAGAAAUGUUGUCACGUAAUGUAUUUCUUGAUAUGGAAUAGGAGAUAAAAUACCAACAGCAAACAUUAUCACUUCCUGAAAUCAUACCAAUUGUAAAACAGUACUUAUUUACACUUUAGGACCCAGAACACUUUUACUACAGGACAGAAAUCUACUGGUAGCUUGUGUCUACCAAAAAAAAUAUAAUACUGUCUCACUUCUGCUACGUGAAAGAAGAGUUUGCAUAGAGCACAGCAUAGAUCGAUGAAUUUUUCCUGAGAAACUUUAAUAAGGGGGCUUUUGCUUUGGCAGAAUGACUCUUCUCGGCAGCAAAUCAAAGCACUGGAGUGGACAAGGAGGGACAAGGGAAGGAAGGAGGGUGGGUUACGUAUGUAUCUCCAGUUUCUUUGUUUAUAUUUUCAAUUGAAGUUCGGGGACUUACUAAGUCCCACAGUCUUUUUUGUCCAGAACAGCAAUUAAACACUUCCCCUUGACAUUGCAGUGAUGUAGAACAAGCAAACUGAAGGUACAAAAAUAACAUCCAUGGCUAUAUCUCAUUUUGAUUGUGCCUCAGAAGAGAGAAUAGUAUACCAGUGCUAAACACAUUGAAAACCCAAGUAAAAUGCCAAUAACUGACAAAUCAAUGUCUGCACCACUGUCUCUGACACAGCUACUACUUUAGAAGCAAGCUUGAAGAGCAAUAUAGUCCAUUUUCCCUUUUUGCACUACAAACGAUCUUGCUUUCCCCUUUUUUCAUGGAAGGUAAUUUUUAAAAAUAUGUUAUCACAACAGUUCAACAAGCCACUGUAUUUAAUAUCCCAAUUGAAAUACAGCUGAA